GGGUUGUUGCAGGGAAAUAGCGCCGUGCAGAAACCAUGGCAGAAGCAGCACCAUACAUGAGAGCAUAACUUGACUAGUACAGUAUGUCGAGACGAGCAUUACUCAAACAACAUCAGGCUCUGCAGUGUUUGGGCACGGCGGUCGGUUCUGUUCCGCUGAGAUCUAUCGCUACUCACAGGCUGCCUCCUCACGCAGAUGAAGCGUCACUUUAUGUCCAUUGGCCAUAUUGCCUAAAAAGAUGCUCUUACUGCAACUUCAACAAGUAUAUUCCUUGGAGUCAAAACCACGCGGUCAUGACAGAAUGUCUGCAGAAAGAGACGCAAACCUUACUGCAACUCAGUCAAGUCUCCCGGAUCAGCUCAGUGUUUUUUGGAGGAGGAACACCUAGCUUGGCUCAGCCCUCCACAAUCGCUGCUGUCUUGGAGACAGUUUCCAAAAACGCCCAUCUCUCAGAUGAUGCAGAGGUCACCCUGGAAGUGAAUCCUACACCUGCUGGAAAAGCUAGUCUGAAGGACUUCAUGUUAGCAGGAGUUAACCGGUUUUCUAUAGGAAUUCAGUCACUGAAUGACGAUCACCUGAGGAUACUAGGGAGAGAUCACAAUUCCCAGCAUGCUCUCCAGACAGUGUCAGAGGCCAGGACGCUCUGCCCGGGACGAGUGUCAGUGGAUGUCAUGUUUGCUCUUCCAGGCCAAAGUGUAAAGUCAUGGGAGAGCGAGCUGGAGAAAUUGCUGCCGGUUUGUGAUGAUCACGUUUCACUGUAUCAGCUGACUUUGGAAAGGGGUACCCAACUUUUUAAACAGGUUGAAAGCGGGGAGCACAGCAUGCCUGGUGACGAUGUCACUGCUGUCAUGUACCAGUCGGCACGCAGAGACUUGGAGAAGGCUGGGUUUUGCCAGUAUGAGGUGUCCAACUUUGCCAAAAAUAACGCUGUCAGUGAACACAAUAUCGGGUACUGGAGGGGACAUCAGUACAUCGGUGUAGGCCCAGGGGCUCAUGGGCGCUUUGUGCCGCGUGCUGUGGGAGGAGCUCAGAGGGAAGCACGAACCCAGACUUUAGAACCAGAUGUUUGGAUACGGGAGGUUCAGCAUCAUGGUCACGGGACACGCCGUCGAAUACAGCUUGACCACCGUGGCCUGCUGGAGGAGGCUUUGGUCAUGGGUCUGAGGAUGAAUGAAGGAAUCACCCAGCAGCACUGGGAGUUAUUCAGCCCAGAAGCUGACCUCCAACAAAUAUUUGGGAUGUCAGAAAACAUUCAGGAAUUGCAAGCAGGGGGGCUUCUAAUACUUAAUGACAGGGGUUUGCGAUGUUCCUGGGAAGGAUUAGCAUUGCUGGACAGCAUCUUACCCACAAUGCUGCUAGAAUUAGAGAUGUUUUUCCAAAGCAAGGGGUAUCAGGAGGAUGCAGAACAGCAGCAGAAACACAGACAUUCAGAGAGACAGAUGACCGUUUACAUCAGAGACACAUGAGACAGAGAUAAUAGGUAAUAAGGUAAACAUGAAACAAAUGCAUCCAUGUGGAGAAGUGUUUACUCUUGAAGAAGGAAAACGGGUCAAUGACAUUUUCCUAUCUAUUAAUUUAUUCACAAAUACAGGACAUUAAAAAUGCAUUGCAUACAUGCAAUGGCUUAAAUGCACCUUAAAUGUGAACAUGUUUUUAAUUUCUGAAUGAAAAUGCAAUGUAAUAUUUUAGGAGGUUUGGGGUACAUAAAGUAAAAGACAGGAUGAUAUUAUCUUUAUAUAUUUAAGAAAAAAUAUUAAAUUCUAUAUUUUCUAAAUGUUUCAUUGUAAACAAUUAUUCCGUAAAUAUGUUUCAUAUUUUAAAUUAAAUAAUUCCCCUUUUACAAGAUGUAAUAUAAGUCUCUGGUGUCCCCAGAAUGUGUCUGUGAAGUU